AUCAAGAGAGUUUCUAUCAGAAUUUCAAGUAUAAAUACGCAUACAAUUCGAUAAAAUGAUAUAAAAUGUUGUGUGAUUUAUAUAAAAAUGCUUUUAUUCGCUUUAAAGCUCAAGAAUUACUUUUUUGCAUCAGCUUGCUAUCAAUUAAAGCCAACAAACCCUUUGUUUUUAAAAUAAAAAAGAGAAUUUCAUCAACAUUUCUUAAAAAUAUAAAAAUAUCUUUACUUUUUAUAUUUUUAUGCUUUUCAACAGGACUUGCUUAUAAAAGUGAAAAAGAAUCGAAUAAUAAUAAACAUGACGGAUCUUUAUCAUUAGAUACAGGCUUUUAUGCAAAACAAAAUACAUAUGAUUCAAUUCAAGCAGACAUAUCUAAUAAUUACGGUAUUGAAGACGAUGAUUUUAGUGACGACUAUACGGAAGAAGAAUCAUUUAAGAAAGAUUUUGAUAUAAAUACAUAUGGAAAAACGGAAGAAGGUGAUUUUAAAAAAUAUUUUCAGUCUUUUGAAGGGAGCUAUAUUCCUCCAUAUGUAAAACGCGCAAUUAUUAAUUCUUUGAAACCUAUCAUGCAAAUUUCAUCUAGACAUUUAGCGGAAAAAAAAAAACCUUUAGAUUAUUUUAUAAAGUUUUUCAAGCGCAGUUUCACUGCAUCAUCUAGUAAAUUACAAAAGAAAAGUACACGUAAUAGUAUUUAUAAGCGUUCAUUUUUACAUUUAAGCAAGCGAGAUCAGGUUCAGUGUGUUAAUUUUCUGGAAAAAUUAGAAGAUUCUAGUUUAAAUAAGAAAGCCAGGGAAUGUUUUAAGGAAUCUAUUUUUUUUUCAGGGUGUCCAAAUAUUUUUGAUAUUCCUUGUCUUUGCAGAUCUAAUAGCUAUAAAAGCCAUAUAGCUUUAUGCAUUUAUCAGAAGAGUACUGUUCAACUUAUUAAUGCUUUUGCAUUUGCAAGUGAGAUAUGUUCUAGUUAUGAAUCUCUUCCUAGUUCAUGUAUUUCUUCACUUAUGGCAGACUCUAGUAAUAUAUAUAAAAAAUAUAAUUUUAAAGAUAAAAUUGACACAUCGAAAGAAUCCUCUAGCAGCAAGGAAGAAUGCUCAAAAUCUUAUUCAAUUUUCACUAAUUUUUCAAUUUUAACAUUAAUAUUUAUUGUAGCAGGAGCUGGUAUUUUUGUACAAACAGGGAUUUUGUCCUUAGUAUAAAUAUGUAUUUAAAAAAGGACA